AUGGCUGCGACUGUGGAUAUGCUGGUCUGCCGCGAAUUAGGUGGCCCAUACGAGAUUCGAAAGGCCAAAUUAGGGACACUUCGCGACGACGAAUUACUUGUCCGGAUUAUCGCGACAGGGGGAACGACCCCAGUCCCCCUACCCCUGGUUGGUGGGCACGAAGGCGCCGGUGUUGUAGAGCAAAUAGGCUCUCAGGUCGAGCAUAUCUUCCCCGGUGAUCAUGUGUUGCUCAGCUUCAGCACCUGCGGGGAUUGUGCUACUUGCAAAAGAAACAUGCCAGCGUACUGCACAAAUAUCUGGAAACUAAACUUUCUUGGGACUCGAACAGACGGCACAAAGGCGUACAGAGAUGCCAUAGACGGGACAGAAAUAUCCUCGCACUUCUUCGGCCAGUCGUCGUUUGCGAAGAAGGCUAUUGUCAGAGCCAGAUCUGCAAUUUUGGUUGCUCCAGAUCUCCCGCUGCAGACUUUAUGUAUUCUUGGAUGCACGCUGCAGACUGGUGCUGGAACGGUCCUGAAUCAACUCCAACCACCGCGAGGAAGCUCUAUUGCGGUAUUUGGAGCUGGUGCAGUCGGAAUCUCGUCGAUACUAGCCGCACUUUUGACCCCUAAUCUCAAAAUUAUUGCAGUGGAUGUUUUGGCUAGUAAACUCCACUUCGCGAAGAUGCUUGGAGCACAUCACACCGUUAAUUCAUCGGAAAAAGAUCUUACUGCAGAAAUUCUUGCUCUGACCGGGGGCUUUGGUGUUGAGAGGGCUCUAGACACAACAGGAAAUCCUGAAGUUAUUAAAACGAUGCUGUCAGUCACCGCGCCGGGUGGCACUGCUGCGUCCGUCGGGGCGCCAAAGAUGGGAACAAAGAUUGACAUAGAGCCGGCUAUCUGGAUUACUCGGGGAGUGAGCUACAUAGGCGUUCAUCAGGGCUCUUCUCGACCUCAGGAGUUCAUCCCUCGACUGAUUCAGCUAUGGGCAGAAGGCCAUCUACCUGUGGAGAAGAUGAUAACAAAGUACAGCUACACCGAUAUUGAGCGCGCGAAAUCCGAGCUGCAAAGUGGAUUAUGUGUGAAGGCAGUUUUGCUCUGGGACGAGGAACAGAUUCUCUACCCUAAAAAUUCUAAAGAUCCUACGCUCUCGGGCUUUUUGCUUACCGUUUCAGGCGCUUACAAAUUGAACCACACCCCAGGCAUCCUGCUACAAGAGACGGGGACGGCCUCCGGCGUCUUCGGCCUCGAGGACCGCAGUGUCCUUCACCAGUCGCCGGUGGUGGAUUAA